CUCACUGUCCGGCUGUCCGCAGCAGGUUCAAGUUCAACACAUUUAUCGAUGCACCCAUUACUCUGUUUUCUCUCUCUGCUUCCAAUUCUUCGCCUCCCUUCCUUACGUCCCUAUUUGACAGAAAGGAUCUGCAAUCUUCAAGCACCUUCAGAAGGAUGAAACUAUCGUGACGCAUUUGGGUGUGUCUGCUGCAAAUGGUUUGAGUGUCGAAGCACGAAUCUCUAUAUGAGGUGGGGAACAAGAUAUUGGGUAGGUUAUUGAGGGAAAAUAGUGGUUUUGAGGUUUAGAUUGAAGGGGUCUGCAAUGGAAGGAGGUUUCGGCCAAAACUCUGUUCCUUCUUCAACUUCUUUUGACAAGUUCACGAUUUUGGAUGUUAAGCCUCUGCGUUGCUUGCUGCCAGUGUUCCCUAUGUCAUCUCAAGGUCCUUCUGGGUUCGCUCCUUUUUUCCCCUUUGGUGGUCCUCAAGGACCUCAAGCAUGGACCGAUCUCAACCAGCAUGCUCCUCCCUCUGGAGAGACACCAGAUUUUCUAAUGCCUACUCCAAUCCGUUCAUUCAGAGGCCCUAUAGACAAUACUCCAUCAAAACGUGGAGCACCACGUGGGAGCAGGUCAAAAUCAUCCCAAAGAAAGGCCAAGAAGAUCCAAGUAUCACAGGUGGAUUUAAGUUCUGUAGUUGGCAUUAGCCCAGCCCAACAAACUGAUGGUAACUUGGAAGUUGUUAGUCUUGUACUCAUGGAGUUUGAUGCGCUUCGAAGAAGAAUUAGCCAACUUGAAGAUGCCAGGGAAUUCGCUUCAGGAUUUACCAAGCGUGGAGAUUUAAAAGCUGGCAAUAUAUUGAUGACCAAGGGCAUUCGAACAAACAUGAAAAAGAGAGUAGGUGCAGUUCCUGGGGUUGAGAUCGGGGACAUUUUCUUUUUCAGAAUGGAAUUGUGUGUUGUGGGUAUACAUGCUCAGUCCAUGGGUGGGAUUGACUACAUGAGCAUCAAGGGUGGGUUUGAGGAAGAACCUCUGGCUGUAAGCAUUGUUGCAUCAGGAUAUUAUGAUGACAAUGCAGAUGAUGACGAUGUCUUAAUUUAUAGUGGACAGAGUGGGAACUUUGGCAAGAAAGAAAAGGUGGUGGCUGAUCAGAAGCUUCAAAGGGGUAACCUUGCUCUGGAAAGAAGUUCACGACGGCACAAUGAAGUAAGAGUCAUCCGGGGCAUGAGUGAUGCUGCAAAUCCAAAUUUAAAAGUCUAUGUCUAUGAUGGUCUGUACAAAAUUCAAGAUUCAUGGAUAGAAAAGGGGAAAGAUGGCAGUGGUGUAUUCAAGUACAAGUUGGUGAGAAUGCCUGGACAGGUUAGUGCUUUUUCUGUUUGGAAAUCAGUUCAGAAGUGGAAGACAGACCGUUCUUCAAGGACUGGACUUAUUUUCUCAGAUCUCUCUUUAGGAGCUGAGAGUAUUCCUGUAUCACUUGUCAAUGGUGUUGACCAUGAUAGAUUGCCUGGUGGUUUCACUUAUUUUCAUUCCCUUAGAUAUACAAAACCGUUCAGUUUAAUGCAGUCUUCUAAUGGCUGUGACUGUACAAAAGCAUGUGUCCCUGGUGAUCUGAAUUGCUCUUGUAUUCGGAGAAAUGAAGGUGAUUUUCCAUAUAUUGGCAAUGGCAUUCUAGUGAGUCGUAGGCCAUUAAUUCAUGAAUGUGGCCCCACAUGUCGUUGUUUUCCUAACUGCAAAAAUAGAGUAUCCCAGAUGGGCUUGAAGCACUCCUUGGAAGUAUUCAAAACAAGAGAUAGGGGAUGGGGUCUACGAUCAUUGGAUCCUAUUCGUGCUGGUUCUUUUGUUUGUGAAUAUGCUGGAGAAGUUAUUGACAAGGGAAACUUAAAUCAGAAUGAGGAGUUAGCAAUUAAAGAUGAGUAUGCUUUUAAUACUAACCGUAUAUAUUCUCCAUUUAAGUGGAAUCAUACGCCUCAGUUAUUGGAAGAUGUGAUUUCAAAUGACUCUUGUGAGGAUUAUGACAUUCCAUCUCCGCUAAUUAUAAGUGCUAAAGAGUUUGGAAAUGUUGCUAGAUUCAUGAAUCAUAGCUGCUCCCCAAAUGUUUUCUGGCAGCCAGUUGUUUAUGAAGAAAACAAUCAAUCGUUCCUUCAUAUUGCAUUUUUCUCUCUCAGACAUAUUCCACCAAUGACAGAGUUGACAUAUGAUUAUGGGAUUUCCCGUUCUGAUUAUGCUAAGGGGAGCAGAAUACCCAGAGGUAGAAAACAAUGCUUAUGUGGAUCGUCGAAGUGCAGUGGUUCUUUUGGUUGAUGGAUUGUGUCACAGUUGCUUGCACAUGAGCAUGGUGUUUGGAAUUGUACUUGUGACUAAGGUAAGGAUUCUGCAGAUAUUUUGGAGAACCAGAUCAAGCUCCAAUUUUGUGGAUGUGCUUUUUUUAUAAGCCCAGGUAUGCUUGACUGGAAAGUAAAUGCUCAGCUUUUUUGUUUAUGAAGAAAAAGUAGUUUGUAAAGUUGUUUUGAAGAAGUUGCUAGAGAAUGACCUGUAUAUGGUUACUAGAACUAGAAAGGACGUGCCUAGUGAUGUUCAUGGCACUAUGUAGUGUGUAUAGUUGGAUGAUUUCUCUUUGGUCUUGGUUUAGUGAUGUGAACUGUAUGUAACUGAUGUUUGUAAAUAUGUUUACUUUAGGAUAAGAAACUUCCUAUGCCUGGCUUUUUGAAUUUAUAUUUUGGUUUUGAAAGA